GUGGAGGAGCUCCACGUGUCGUCGGCAAUCCCGCCUUCUUCCCCGACGGAGAUGCCGGUGCCCACAGACAGACCGUCGCCGACGUCCUUCGCCCCGGAGGACGAGGCGGUAGCGAUCCCGCCGACGGAGCUGCAGGCCAGAGCUCCUGGUGCCGAUGACGAGGUAGAGUCGGUUCCGCCUUCGGCGGAGUUUCAGUCGGCAGAGAUGGCCUCGGCGCCCGCGGCCCCAUCUCCGACCGAGAUGCCCGUCCCGACGGCGGUGCCGUCCCCCGACCGGGUAGACGACGAGGGUCCCGAUGACGACGACAGUGAGCUGAGCAUGCCGCAGUUGGUGGAGCCGAAGAAGAAGAAAG